AUGGUGACCAUUUGCUCUUUGGCCGGAGAGUGUUUGGCGACGUUUGGUGCGGAUGUGAUAGAAAACGUUCCAGUGAAGUGGUUGAAAGAGCACAGUUCUGAACAAGUGGGCGCCUCGCGCUUCCGACAGCAAUGGCUUACUGAAGACGGCCGUGAGUUAAACGAUGAGGCUGUACUUUCAGUUGCACAUGUGCAGCUGGUUGUUUUGAAUUUUCUUCCAUGUGAGCAGCAUGGCAAUCGGUUGAUUGCCGCAACUGGCAUUGACUCGACCGAGCUAGAAGAGCUUUUGUGCCAGUCCUUGCAGGAACGUAGAAGUCCAGUAGCCAAAGAUCGUCAUGGGAAGACGGCGCUACUCAUCGCAUUGAAACAGGGUCAUCGCAAUUGUGCGGCUUUGCUGCUGAAAGCCAUUGCAAAGGAGUUUAGGGGCAUCAAGCUUGACGAUGUCGUCACGCAAUUUGGGGAAACAGCUUUACACUUGGCAUGCCAUGAAGGAUAUUUGGAUUUGGUUCAGAUCUUGCUUCAUGUUGGCGCUGAUCCAGUAGCCAAAGAUAGUGAUGGGAACACGGCGCUACUCGUUGCCUUGAAGCGGGGCCAUCAGAAGUGCGUGACUUUGCUUCUGAAAGCAGCUGCAAAGGAGAAUUGGGGCAUCAAGCCUGAUGAUGCGCUGCAUUUGGCAUGCCAGAAUGGCUAUUCGGAUAUGGUGCAAACCUUGCUUGAUGUUGGUGCUGAUCUAGGAGCCAAAGAUAGUGAUGGGAACACAGCGCUACUCGUUGCCUUGAAGCGGGGCCAUGGCAAUUGUGUCAUAUUGCUACUGAGGGCCAUUGCAAGCGAGUUCUGGGGCAUCAAGCCUGAUGAUGUUGCUUUGCACAUGGCUGCUUGGAGUGGCCAUUUGGAGGUGGUAAGAUUGCUCCUCGAGUGUGGUGCCAACACAGAUCAGGUCGAAGGCGGUGGGAAGACGGCAGCACAGUUGGCCGCACUGCAUGGGCAUGCCAAGGUGCUGCGACUCUUGGACCAAGCGAAGCCUGACUUGGAGCAGCCAACGAAGCGCCGGAGGGAGCAGUAA